GACAAAAAUCCACUCACUUAUCCACAUUGAGUCAGUAGCGUCGUGUGAAACUGGAUAAGAGGUGUAUUUUAGUGAUCUUGGAAUUUUUAUCGAGCGUGCGUUACUGGCGAAAAUUUGAAUUACAAAUGCUAACCUUGUAAAGGUGCAAAGAUGAUAAACCAGUAUGGGUACAAUUCACUUAUUGUGGGACUAUGUAUGGUAAACAUCAUCGCGUUACUGACUGAGGCACGGCCAGGAAAAUCUCCUUUUACGGACAUGGAAGAACAAAACCCAAAACUUUGUCAGCCAGAUCGCCUUACCGUUUAUCGCGUAACACUCAACACAUUUUGGAACCCAAGAAAUUUUCCUAAACAUUAUCCUCAAUGGCGACCCCCUGCCCAAUGGUCUAAACUUGUAGGGCGAUCACACAACAAAUCAUACACGUUGUACCGACUUCAUCAAAAGGCCACGGAAGGAUUAAAGUUAUUCGCGGAGAACGGUCGAAGUGAUUAUUUAGAUACUCAAUCCCAAGGAGAAGGUGGAAUCUACGACGAGUUUAAUGCACCCCCAAUAACGUCUGGAGAAGGGAAAACAGAAGCAGAUUUUUUUGUUGACGGCAAUCAUUCCAGGGUGUCGCUGAUUUCUAAGCUUGUUCCUUCUCCUGAUUGGUUCAUCGGCAUUGAUAGUUUAGAUCUGUGCGUCAAUAGUAAAUGGUUGGAUAGUAUCAGCAUUGAGGUCGGCGUAGUGGAUGCUGGAACAGAUAAUGGAUUUUCCUUCACUUCUCCAAAUUGGCCAACUGAACCACAAGAAAUGAUUCGUCAUUUGACGACCAACUUUCCAAAUCACCCUGCUUCAGCAUUCUUCUAUCCAGGAGUCCAUAAACUUCCAACAAUGGCUUCGUUUCACUUUGUGAAGAUUAAAGAAUAUGAACUGAGUAAAGUAUUCCAUCAAAACGACGACGCAAUUCAGAACGAAAUUAAGAAAAUGGAGCAGGAGUCUUACGUUUUUGAAGAGGGAAACGCGCAUUUUCUUAAGAGGAAUUCUUCUAAUUCAAAUGUCUAUGUGAUUUCCCAUAGCCUGGAUUCUGUUUCUCUUAACCUUUCGGUGGAGAAUAACACUGAAAAAUUUGAAAAAGAAGCUGCAAAUUUAUCAGUGAAUUCUGCAAAUAACGUCGAUAAUGCCAGCGUUGUCGGUAGGGAUAUGCAAACCGAGUCCCCUCACGGCUUCACAAGCUUUCCUCUUCCCGUUGUCAUUCAAAAGACGAAUAAAUCGAAAGUCAAUAAACCAAGCAAAAGCGCCAAAGUUUUCACGAGAAACCGUCCUCCUCGAGACUGUGAAGUUGGAAAUUGGUCAGAUUGGUCAUCAUGCUCCAAAGCUUGUGAUAUAGGGGAAUCCACGAGACAUCGGAAGGUAGUUAAUCACGCUAGGCGAGGAGGCCGUCCCUGUCCGUCUCUAGCAGAGAAAAAAUGGUGUGGAUCUGCACGUUCAUGCAACAGAAGCUACUUUAAUUGGUCAUAAAGAUACAUUGAAAUAGUAUGUCGUACUUGUCAGUGAGCUCUCAAAAUUCACAAAGUUUCAAUAAUGCUUAUGUUAACUCUUACUAACUAAUAUUUUUAAAAAGGUACUAAAAUAUAUAAAUAUAAAUAAUGAAA